CUGUAUUGACCGUUAGCGCCCCGCCCCUCCAUCAUGGCCGUCAGCACGAGCCAGAGCAGAACGGAGGAUGCGCGCGCCCUGUGAGAGAGCGAGCGACAUGGAGGCGCGUGUGGACGAGCGCGUUCGCUUUUCGACUCGUCUCGAGCUCGACAUGGCGGAGUGACCGCGGAAAACGCGAAAAUCACAGGCUCCGUCCUCCAUCCUAGGCCUGACUGUCGAGCAGCGCUGGAGCCUCGGGCUGGAUUUGAAACAGCGCUGGUACAGAGAGAGAGAGAGAGAGAGAGAGAGAGAGAGAGAGGGGGAGAGAGGGGGAGAGAGGGUGAGUUAGUGAUGACCAAGACUUGGACAAUUCCAGGCUGCAGGAUGUUCUGUUGCUCUCAAGAGGAGGAAGAGGGCAAACUCUCUGAAUAGUGUGGCCUGUUUCACCACCAGUCCAGAACAUCAAAACCCAGUGGCCCAUUUGCAGAAGAUAUGGCUGUGCCACUCUUACCCUCCACCACACAGCUAGUUUCCUUGAAAUACUAUAAAUGUGCCACUCAAAGCUAACUUCAUCACCCAUCACUUCACCUCUUCCACCUUAGCCUUCCUCCGUUUCUCAUUCCUCGUGCUUUCCAGCACCUUUCUCAGCCCUUUCUUCCUCAUGCUUCUGACAUUCGUGCCCCCGCUUGCCCUCCCCCUCUCUACCUCUGUACCUAUCACCUGUUUGUCUACUACUCCUCUGCGCCCAGUGCCAUAAUGGUCUGCUGUGGCCGAGCACUAGACUCUCCCUGUACUCUGGCUCUGCUGGUGGGCUUCCAGUUUGCGUUUGUCCUCUAUUUCUCCCUGGGGGGCUUCCGUGGUCUCGUCUCCGUGCUGGUCCACUCCUCGGAGCCUGAGUUCGACUACUCUCGCCCACAUGAUGUCUACACCAACCUCAGCCAACUCAGUGCCCUGCUGCCUCCUCAGCCAGGCCCCACCGGAGCAAACCAGCAGCUCCGAGACUGCCUGCUGCCCUCUCCCCUGCUGGUGGGGCCUGUAUCUGUGCGCUUGUCCUCUCCCCCGUCCUUGGAAGAGAUAAAAGAGAAGAACCCUCUGGUGACGCUGGGGGGGCGCUACCGCCCACUGGAUUGCGAGCCAAGGCACCAUACGGCCAUCGUGGUCCCCUACCGGAACCGGCAGAGCCACCUAAGAACACUCCUUUACCACCUGCAUCCCUUCCUGCAGAGACAGCAGAUCCAUUACAGCAUCUAUAUUGUACACCAGUCAGGGAACUCAACGUUUAACCGUGCGAAGCUACUGAACGUGGGAGUGCGAGAGGCUCUGAAGGAGGAGGACUGGAGUUGCAUCUUCCUCCAUGAUGUUGACCUGCUCCCAGAAAAUGACCAUAAUACCUACACCUGCCACCCGCAGUACCCCACUCACCUUUCUGUGGCUAUGGACAAGUUCAGAUACAGGCUGCCAUAUCCGCAGUAUUUUGGAGGGGUGUCAGCCGUCACUCCAGAUCAAUACCUCAAAAUGAAUGGCUUCCCAAACCAGUACUGGGGAUGGGGAGGAGAAGAUGAUGACAUUGCGACUAGAGUUCGUCUCUCUGGGAUGAAGAUAGUGCGCCCCCCUGUGGCCAUUGGCCAUUAUAAGAUGAUUAAGCAUAAAGGGGACCAGGGUAAUGAGCAGAACCCUAGAAGGUUUGAUUUGUUGAAGCGCACCAGGCUAAACUGGAGAUCAGAUGGCCUCAACUCGUUGACCUAUGAGCUUCUGUCCAAAGAGCUCGAGCCACUGUACACCAACUUGUCCGUUAACAUCGGGGAAGACCCUCACCCUCCGAAGAAAAAGUCAGAGCCCCCUCGGAAUGUCUCUCGCCCUACAGCCAAACCCAUAGUCAGGAGCAAAGAACUGGGAAAACUGGGUGUCUUCUCCACUCAAGCAACCAAACUGGAGCAUGCCGAAUUGAAAGUGGCCAACAAGAGUUCAGGUGUUGUUCAGAAAGUUGUGAAACAGGAGGUUGGUUGAUGGCAAACACAUAGUCUGUAAACCAUCGGCACAAGUACCAUACAGGGUAAUUUCUCAAAUGGAUGGUGCACUUGUAACAUGCCGGUUUGCUUCAUUUUCUGUUUUAAAAUCAUGGAGCUUUGCACUGAGUUGUCAUUUUCACUGAAGGUCCACCGACAGGGGUGACGUUUUAACUGCUCAUUCCCCUCUGGAGUAUCUCCAACACUGGCAUGGUGUCAUUUGCACAAACUUGCUGUACCAUCUUCUGAAGAUCACCCUGCCACGGGACGGAUCAGAGAGAGAGCCGAGUUAAAAGUGACCUGUUCAUGUGCACUUGUGCUGUAGAGACACUUGCACCAGUGCUAGUCCCUGUGUGCUUAUUCAGCCAGCCUGCUGUCAGCUGCUAAUCUUCACCCCACCGUGUGGGUUUGUCUCUCUGUGCCUUUUUCUCACUCUAGAACCAUCAGUCUCUAUCAGCGUCUUACUACAUAUGUUCUCAAACCCCAAGACAAACACAUAUUAGUUCGCACUGGUGUGUCAGAGUAAUACUAGAGCUUAAUUUCUGAUCCUCUUAUUUCUAAUCAGCACACACUGCUUUGUGAUCUUGUGCUUGAGCAGACUGUUAUCACUGUGGACUAUUUUUGGUCUUGCUCGGGAAACGUUCAUCACAUGUUUGCACAGGUUCGUGUUCUUGUUUUUGAGACCUUUGUUCUUCUAACAGUGAGCACUGACUCAUUUUUUCUUUAAGCUGCUCAAAUCACUUUAUAUUUUUGUUAUGGAGUCUAAUAGGGUAUAUUUAAUCGCGUUAUUGUAUGGUGCCUCUGUUGAUUUUGAUUUUGGUUAGACAAUCAGUGAGAAGUAAACUAGCUGGCAAAUCAUAUAUCAAAUGGGUCAUAGUUUUUAUCAUUAUAAUAAAAUACUCUAGCUAGUUAGUUUGAUUCAGCUUAGAACAUUCUAAUAUAAUAGGUUUUGUUAAGGUAUUAAAGUUAUCAGCGUUAAGUGGAUUCAUUUCAAGGAAGUGUAAACUCCCUCUGUUGCUAUGUUACUAUAAUGCUAAAUAGUUCUGGGCAUUUGUGCAUCAGCUAUAUCAAUUCUACCCCAGCCAACAUUUGCCAUAUGCACACUAUUACACAGUUAAACUUUUAUUGUUUAUUUAUUUAAAUAUUCCGUAACACUGGGACUCAUUCACCAACCAUUCUUAAGAAAUGUCUUCUUAAAACCCACUUGCGCAACUGUCACGAAGAUUCUGAUGUUCACCAGUGUUUUCUUAUUCAUUCUUAGGUAAGAACAGAAUCUGCACACACAUUUAAGACAAAGGUGUGAAUUCUGCACUUUAAGAACACAUAAUGAUUCUUAUGUAGACUUUUUCUUGGGAAAAUUUAAGAAAAAACCUUGAAGAUAUUAGUGAACGAGGUCCAGUGAUAUCACUGUAUACAGUACUGUGCAAAAGUCAGAGCCCACCCUUCAUUUACUUAAUUUCCAGUGAAAAUGGCCAGUAAGUACAAGUUGUUUACUGGAGGCAGUCAUGGGCUGGAGGUUAGGGAACCAACAUUGUGACUGGAAGAACAUUGGUUUGAUCCCCUGAGCUGACAGGAUAUGACUGAAGUGCCCUUGAGCACUUUAACCUCCAAACCUCCAAACCUCCAAACUGCCCCUCGGGCGCUGUGGAUAGGGCUGCCAACUGCCCCUGAGUGUGUGUGUGUGUGUGUGUGUGUGUGUGUGUGUGUUCACUAGUUUGCAUGUAUGUGGUGGGUGUUUCACUGCACAGAUGGGUUGAAUGCAGAGGCCUAAUUCCUCUCUGUGCAAACACAGUUGGCCAAUAGUUCUGAAUUCCAUUCUGUUCUACUCUAUAUAUUACAUUUUGCAGUAUUUAAUAUGUUUGGUUUUAUCACAGCUGCUUUUGCUUUUAGUUUUCCAAAGAAACCGUCAGAAAUAUUUUUGAAAGUUCAGGCUUAGAAGCUGUUUGCGUGUUGAAGUCUGGACUCUGGAAUGGUCAGUGUGUUGUUUUGAAGAAUGCCAGCAGCUUAUUCGUCAGAUUUGCAAAUGAUGUUUUUGUCAAGUUACUUUUCUCAGUGAGGUACUUCUUGACAGCUAGACAUCAUAUCAGACCCAUAGCGCUGAGUCAUCCGCUCACAGUGGAAGGAUGCACAGAAACACCUGUGGAUGUUUUCAGAUCUGAAGCAGCUUGAUUUUCUCCUCUCUCAAAGAUGAAAGCUUUAAGUGCUGUUUAUCUGAUGAUGAUAGUUUUGGUGUCUACCAGGACUUACCACCAGUUGUUAGGAGAUUCGUCAUCUUUAAAUCAUAAAUCAAGUGAAUAUCUUGUAUGUAAUCUCCUCAGAAAUAUCUCCUUAAAAUAUCCUUAAAAUUAAGAACUUGUUCUUAAUGACUGUUUUGGUUAGAAAUGAAAUAAAGGAUGAUCUCUUACUUUUGCACAGUACCAUAUGUGAAGUUCUUUGCUGACAAGUAGUAGAUAUUUACGUGACUGUUAAUGAGAUCAUUUACAUUCCCUGAAAUCUGCCGACACUGAACAGCACUGACAGUACUCCUUAAACUCAUGCUCUAGAAGGAUACACAGCACUUUGGUUAUUAUUUGUCUUCUUUAAUAUCACAAAUGAUUAUUUGAAUGUAUUAAGUUGAAAUGUUCUUUGUCUUGAGGUGUUUUUUUUUAUUGUUUUGCUGAUUAUGCACUGCCUAAUCUUUAAUCAUUGGGACUCACAAUGUAAAGACUUGCAAAUAUGUGAAACUUGCAGUUGAUCAAGCCUCAAACAGCUUUCCCUAAUGCCUUUAUAGUCCAAACAAUGGAUGGUUAGAUACAGUUAUGAUUAUGACAGCUUAUAUUUACUCAUCACUGUAGUCAUUUAAAAUUGUAUGGUACAGUUUAAACAGUAGUAUGAAUGAUCUACAUAUCUUGGCUUGCUAACAUGUAUCCAAGGAACCUUUUUGCUUCUACCAUAUUUGCAGGCUCCUGAUAUAUUUAGUGAAUACAGUAGUUUUGUAUAAUAUGUUUAGUACUGGUGAUAAUCUACUUGAAUACCUAUGGGUAGUCUUAUAAUAUGAUCAUUAUUUUACAGUCUGACUUGAUGCUGGUUGCAUAAAGAUAGUUAUAAUUUCUUGGUUUAUAGAGAUUUUGUUUAUUUUUGUUUACAUCACAUAUCUAAUUGCAAGGUAUGAGUCCAUAUUCUUCGAAGUAAACAUGUUCUAAAGGUCAUUUUCACAAAACAAACCUUAAUAACAGGUUUUAAAUGGUAGUGCUGAUUGACCCUUAGUUUGCAGUGAAGAAUCAUUGCAGUUGCUAAUAAUUUAGGUCUGAAAGUGACUGCUGCUGUACAGUAGGGGGCCAGAUGAUUAUAGAUCAAAUAGCAUUUGCUUUAACACAUUGCAGACAACACUGCAAUCGUGUGAAGUAACUGCUUGAUUGUACUCUCGCCAACAGAUGGCUGGAUUGAAAUCUUUGCUUUAACAAGGGUCCUUGAAUAUUGAUGCUAAGAGUCUGUGACUGACUUGCAAGAACUCUCAGCACACCUACUAGUUCCCAAGGGUUACUGUGUCUGCUGGUAGCGUUACAAAACGACUCAUUUUGCUUCCAAGCACUAAAAACGAUUUACCAAUGACUAGUGAAACCAGCUGAUGCUCUGUUCCUGAGGGACUGCAGGCGUGCUAGUGCUUCAUGUAAAACAGUUCCAUUCAGCAGAUGAAUAAAGGACGUUGAAAGGAC